UACAACAAAAUGGCGAUGUCGGCGGAGGUGAGAGGAGAAAAGUUAAAAGAGGAUUUUGAUGAUCUGCUGACUUGUACAAUCUGUUUGGAGAUCUUCAAAGAACCUAAGUAUCUGCCAUGUCUGCAUACGUUUUGUAAGUCAUGUAUUAAUACAUAUAUUAAUUCAACCGUGAAAGACAAUAACCCAAGUGGAUUUAAAUGUCCCGUAUGUCGUCGGUCUGUGUCAAUAGAUGAUGAGAAGCCUGACACAUGGGCCAAUAAUUUACCAGGUAAUCAUUUUAUUCUAUCGCUUAUUGAUAGAAGGUCAAUCCAAAAGUCGGAAAAACUUUGCGAUACUUGUACACUAGAGAAUAUUUCUCAGAAGGCACACUCAUUCUGCACUGUGUGUGAAGAGGCAUAUUGUGAAUCAUGUCAAAGAUGUCAUAAGCUGUACAAAAUGUCAAGAACUCACAAACUAGUUCCCAUUACAGAUAUAAAGGCAGAUACUUCCAUUUCCGAUCUAUUUAAGCAUGUCACUUGUAAAGAACACCCCGACAAGAUGAUAGAGGUUUACUGUCAGGACCAUUCCAAACCUUGUUGUACAGUUUGCGCCACCGUACACCAUAGAAAAUGUGAACAGGUUGUCACUAUCGAUAAAGCGGCGACCGGAAUAAAAGCAUCCGAAAAAGCAAAAAACCUGUUGACAACAUUAACAGAAACGAGUAAAACAUUAGGUAAAGUUCUUCAGAAACAAAAGACUAAUAAGGAAAAUUUUGAAAAUGGCAUAGAAACAGUUCUUCAAGAAAUCACAACUUUACGAGAAAAAGUUUGUAAACAUUUGAAUGAACUCGAACAAAAACUUCGGGACGAGGCCAAAGGUAGAAGGAAAGAAAAAUUAAUUAAGCUUGAUGACGAAACAACAGAUUUGUCCAGCUUAAAGAAUAUAGUUGAUAACUGGAAGAGUUUAUUCGAAGCUUGUAUAUCUCAAGGAUCAGAAAUACAAUGUCUGAUCAAGAUGGACGAGAUUUUAAACAAUCUUUCUCAAACUGAAAAUGACAUUUCUCAACUUCUACGUGAAAUAAGGACCUUAUCCGUAAAGUUUGAACAUAAAGAUAUCAUUUCAGAAAUAACCUCUCUCGGCAGUUUGGUUUUAAAGGAGCACCUGCCUUCUAUUCCCGGAGUUAAGAUAGCAAAUUAUCAUACAGGAAACAUCCGAAUAGUUUUCACUAUUGAUGUAACAAUAAAUGCUGUAAGUGGAAUAUUCUUCAAUAAUGAUAUCAUUUUGACUCAUUAUACUCAAAAAAAGAUCGUGUACUACGACAACAAAGGACAUGAACAAGAACAUUUAAAUAUUCCAAACUGUUCAACAGACGUAGCUAAAGUGAAUGAUCAAACAGUUGCCGUGUCUUCAAAUGAAAAGAAGAUAGUGGUUAUUAACGUUAAACCGCUGACUAUCUUGAAGACUUUAAAAUAUAUCAGCAAUCCUGUCUGGGGUAUUUCAUUCUGUGGAAAUGAAUAUAUGACUGCUUAUAGCAGUCAAAUAUCGUUUUUAAACGCUGACAAUGGUACAGUAGUUAAAAGUCAACAGACAACAGCAGACACAAGACAUGUUUAUUGCUACAAGAAAAAUGAUUACAUAUACUGGGAUAGCGGACAUUCUAUUAAAAGAGAGAGCAAUGAAGGGAAAAGCUUCACGUACAACAAUAGUCAGUUACAACGCCCCUUCUCCCAGGACGUUGAUAGCGACGGAAAUAUUUAUACAACCGGAUAUGAUUCCAGAAACAUUCACCAGUUAACAUCUACUGGAAAACUCGUGCGGAUCAUUCCCAUAUCGGAUAUAGAUAACACCAUCACAGCUAGUCCGUGGGUAAUACGGUUCCAGCCAAACAGUAACAGAUUUCUAUUAACAUUUGAUGGUAGUGCUUCCAAAGUCCUUGUGUGUGAAAUUGAUUAG